AUGCCAGCCAACGUCACUGUGGAAAACGAUGCGAGCGGAGCCGCACCUACUAUGAUUAGCAGGCUCCUGCUAACGCCUCUUGAGAUACGACUGGAGAUCUACCAGCUUCUUCUUCCAGACCACGUCCACAUAUGCCUGCAGGGAAACACUCUGCUUCUGUCUAAGUGUCUGGAGUCAGAUCGGGAUAUCGGCGCACCGAGCUUCGAUGCCAACGGGCCCGAUACUCUUCAUACACCCCCAUCACAGGUGAGGUACUUGACGUCCGACGAGGCCGUGAUGCGCAAAUGGGCACCUCGUUUAGGGUCCGCAUGGGGACCCCAUUGGAAGUGCGAAGAAAAUGCUCUGAGCAGAGAUCCGCAAAGCAAGCCAAGAAUUGGUCUUCUGCUUGUCUGCAAGCAGAUGUAUCACGAGACAAUUCGUCUUUUAAUACAGACUGCCACUAUUCAUAUCUCAGAUCUGGAUGUCAUACGCCAUUGCAGUCGCUACGAAGCCGUCCAUGCUCAGCCAAAUAUUCCCUCAGCUUUGUGGCAACAUGCGACUCAUGUGAGCAUCUCGUUCAGGCUUCCCAUGGCAUUUUGCAGGGCACUAGAGCAGACUGGAUAUGUGGCGCCAGAAUUAUCGUGUAUAUCUGAUAGCUGGACCACGCUCGGUUCCAACCUCGUUCAAAUGCCUAGUCUUGUCAGACUCACGUUUUGGUUGGACCACGACGAGCCCUGCCCUUGGGCUCUCGUUGGCGAGCAAAAGAUAUUCUCCCCUCUCCAGGAUUUGUUUCACAAGAAAAAUCUGGAGAUGUCUGUUUCCUUGCCAAAUCUGCACCCCCGGUAUGAAAACACAGGUCGACAUUUCACCAACCGCGCAACUGCUCCUUUCGUCCUAUACCGACGAUAUAGGCAAACAUAUCACCAGGUCAAAUCCUCCAAUGAUCCUCCUCAGAUCACAUUACGAUUGGACUUCCCGUUCUUAUUUUGUUUUAACGAACUUGAUCCGACGCUGCUAGGUACUAUAGCUGAAGUUGAAGAGUUAGAACGCACGUGGUGGGCGGAUGGUAUGGAUGUAGAGCGUUUUGUAGAGGACUUUUGCAGUCCCAGGAAUGAGCAGUUUCUGAUCUGA